GUCUCGUCCUCUCUUCGUUUCCCCCUUCCAAGUUUCCCUCUCUUGCCCCCUUCAAACAUGUCUGAUCCUGUAGAAGUAUCGCCUGAAAAGCUUUCUGACCUUGAAGCUACACUUUUAAACACAUCUGGCAACGUCCCGCUUCAUAACCGCUUCCGAUCACUCUUCACCUUGAAGGCAUUGAAGAAUGAGGAAGCGGUCAACAUCAUCUCGAAAGGAUUUGCCGAUGAGAGUGCUCUACUUAAACAUGAACUCGCAUACUGUCUCGGUCAAAUAAAAAAGCCUUCAGCACUUCCCAUCCUUGAACAGGUACUUACAGACGAGAAAGAGGAUCCCAUGGUCCGACAUGAGGCUGCGGAAGCCCUGGGUGCUAUCUCCUCGACAUCUGCAAUACCCGUAUUGAAGAAAUACGUUACAGAUCCUGAGCGAUGCGUUCGAGAAACAUGCGAGAUCGCACUUGCAAAGAUUGAGUGGGAUAACUCUGAAGAGGGUAAAAGACAUCGGGAGGAGGAGAAACGCGCACAAAUGCAAAUGUAUACCUCCAUUGAUCCUGCUCCACCUACUUCGGGUCUUCUUUCUGGGAAGCCUGCACCAGAAGUCGCUUCAGAGGCCAGUAUAAAUGAACUCAAGGCCAAACUACUGGACAAUAGCCUACCUCUUUUUGAGCGAUAUCGAGCGAUGUUCGCUCUCCGUAAUAUUGGCACACCAAGUGCGGUCGACGCUUUGGCUGCAGGCUUCACUGAUGAUAGCGCUUUAUUCAAACAUGAGAUAGCCUUCGUCUUCGGUCAACUUCUUUCCACACAUUCCGUUCCCGCACUCCUGAAAGUCCUGCAUGACUCACACGAAUCAGAUAUGGUGCGCCACGAAGCCGCAGAGGCCCUUGGUGGGAUCGCAACACCCGAAGUACUCCCUCAUUUGAAAGAGUGGAUGCAGAGGGGUGAUUCGCCUAGGGUUGUAAGGGAAAGUUGUCAGUGAGCUGAUCGUGGUCUGUAUGCAGUAUGAAAAUUCGAAUCAGUUUCAGUACGCUGAUGGGCUGGAUAAAUCAGCGUAACACGCAUAACUUUCGAGGGUCUGUAUAUGUAGGAAUUCAGUCUUUUGUUGUACUAUUGGGAUUCGAGCAAUAACUCCCGAAGGACUAAUCGGAAGCGUGUGAGAUAGCGUGGAAUUCCUCUGGUAAACAAAAGUACAGUCAACAACU